CUCGACUCAAACCCAACUACUUCUACAAUCUAACUUUCCCCCCUCGCGAAGUUGAGUCGAUCGCAUGGUUCGAUUGCCGCGGUAGCCCUUGGUUCUUCACCUCUACAACUCUAAACCAACAUCAUGGGAUUAGGAAGCCAGGCUAGUGAAGAAGACAUUGACACUGUCUUUAUUGGCCGAGAUGAUGUCAGUGAUUAUAAUCCGGGGCAGUUGCUGCCCGAGCUUCCCGACGUCAUCGAGAAGAUUCGAGCUUGGCUGCAGCCAACAGCAUACGACAUUGCGGGGGGAGAAUACCGCAGACACUUGUCGUCUCACGUUGCCGGCACAGGGCAGUGGCUCACUUCAAGUAAUCAAUAUCAAGAAUGGAUGACAAACGACGAGCAUGGAUUGCUCUGGAUCAAGGGCAUUCCGGGAUCUGGAAAGUCGGUGAUGGCGGCCGAUUUAAUCAACGAAAUUGCCAAGUCGAAUCCAGGCUGUCCAGUGUUAUACUUCUUUUUCCGCCAAAUCAUCGACGCCAAUCAUGAGCCUCGAGCUUUACUACGAGAUUGGAUGGACCAAAUAUUGAGUUAUAGCCCACCUUUACAGAAGCAACUGAAAGAGUAUGUACAAGAGAAUCGAUCCCUUGACAGCAUAUCUCCGGAAACUAUGUGGAAUCACUUGCGCCUAGCCUUUGCCAGUCUUCCUGGAAAAGUCUUCUGUGUCGCUGAUGCACUUGAUGAGAUGGAUCGCGGCAAUGAGGGGUUCCUCAAGGCACUUGGAGACAUUGGCCAGUGGCGACCAAAGACGGUCAAGGUCUUGAUCACCAGCCGUCCAGUGUCAAGUGUAGAAGUGCCACUAAGAAAGACCCCUUGCUUGCACAUUCGUUUACAGGAAGCUUUGGUUGAUGUGGACAUUUCAACCUAUGUCCAUUUCGCUCUAUCAAAAUCCAGUAUCCCAGAGAGCGAUUGGAAAACGAUUGCAGAUGCAGUCCCAGGCCGUGCGAAUGGUUUGUUUCUCUACGCCAAGCUAGCCAUGGAUGCGUUUCUCGAGCCAAACGUCGAUAUCAAUGCAGUUCUCUUGAAGCUCCCAACAGAUUUAAAUGCCUUAUAUACCGACCUAUUAGAGGAGCAUGCAAAAAGAUCUGGUGUGCCGGAUAACAUCCAGCAUCUCAUUUUGCAAUCUGUCACUCAUGCUACUCGUCCUUUGAGACUGCUUGAGCUGGCAGAAAUGAUCAGGAUCAGCAUGUUUAACGACUCCAAGUGGGAUAUAAAAGCUACCAAGGGACUCAUCAGAGCUGCAUGUGGCCCAUUGCUAGAGAUACUACCUGAUGAAACAGUUUCGGUAAUACACCACUCCUUCACCGAAUACCUUAAGGGUACUACACGACCGGGCGAGAGCCAGCUCAUUGGAUAUCCUGUCCUGCAGAUGGGCCCAACACACGCUCAAAUUGCCCUGCAGUGUAUUCUGUACUUGAAAUCUGGAUGCUUGAAUUCCGUCGUCCUUGAAACGGAUGAAGAAAUAGCCGACAUGCCACACACCCAAUGGGAACGUGGCGGUCGCUAUUACAAGACGAAGCGCAGAGUACAAGAGAUGGAAGUCGAAGUCAGGCUUCAGUACCCAUUCUUUGAAUAUGCGGCCAGUAAUUGGCACCAGCAUAUUGCAAAGUCUGAAGCUGCCGGUCAGGAUCAGAAAGAGAUCAACGCAAAACUUGACGAACUAUUUGGACUCGAUAACAAUAUGAGGGCAUGGCUCAAGAUGAGGUGGCCAGAACACAGCUUGGGCGCUAGAAGUGUCACAAAGCUUCAUAUCGCUGCCAAAAAAGGACUGGUAUCAUACGUGAAAAAAUUACUUGGAAGCUUCGACAUAAACGUGCCGGAUUUCUACGAUAGAACGCCUCUUUGGUGGGCUGCUUCUGAGGGACAUGCGGAAAUUAUGUCGAUAUUGAUAGAAAGCGGUGCAGAUCCAGAUCGACCUGAUACUUAUUCUGGCCGCAGGCCUCUUCAUGUAGCGGCUAGCCACGACCAUCCUGCAGCCGUAGCAACGCUACUGAAAGCCGGAGUCAGUCCUUCAACGAAAAAGACUCUCCAAAAUCCUUGGGCUAGGGGUAGCCGUUCCCCGUCAUCUAUUGGCGACACACCGCUCCAGUAUGCUUGUAAUGGCCAUUUGAAGGCACUGGAAGCAUUUCUCCCCUUUAUAAGAGACGAUUUGGAUUUGAUGCACCGUGCCUUGGCAUGGGCAGCCGGUUUGAGAUCAUUAAAAUGCGUUGAUUUGCUGCGUCAACAACCGGGCGUGGAUAUCAACAGAAUCAUUGAUGGCCAGACAAUGCUUUAUAGAGCUUGCCAGACGGUUGAUGAAGUCAUGGUGGAAAUGCUAUUGAAGGCUGGAGCAGAUGUUAGCAUUAUAUGCGAUCCCGGUGAUGAUGCGACUUGGCAAUGGAAAUAUUCGCAGGAUGAACCCGCCAGACUGACCUGCCUCUUUGCUAUAUGUAAUCGACACGACAGUGAAUAUUAUAACGACAAAUUGCGAGUUAUAUUCUCGCUUUUGGUCGAGGCCGGAGUUGACAUUCACUACCGGACACCGUUAGGUGAAACAGCAUUACACAACGCCGCUCAUUGUCCAGUCCUCAUCAAGUUGCUACUAGAGGCUGGACUUGAUGCGAAUGCCACUGAUAUCACUGGCGCAACUCCACUUCACUUUAUGCGUUCAGGAAUGGCACCCUUGAUACCGUCUAUUGAACUCCUUGUUGAGCAAGGACAUGCUGAUAUCAAUGCUACAAAAGAAUGCGGGCGAACAAUUCUUCAUUGUCUUAUUCUCAAUGGUCACGAGCCAUCAGCUCUGAGAUUCUUGGAAUACGGACCAAACUGCAAUGCAGUCGAUAACAUGGGCAACACUCCACUGCAUACUCUUAUGCAACAACCUAAGCCAACCCCAGAAAUGGUCAAAGCUCUACUUGCUGGAGGAGUCGAUCCAAAUGCACGAAAUCACGACGGCAUGACUGCAUUACUGCUUUGGAACCAGUCCAGCGGGAGUCGGAUGGAUAUUCUAGAUAUCCUUCUCGAGGCGGGCGCCGAUAUCAACACGGUUGACAAGGAUGGAAACAACUUGAUCUUUCGAUCACUCUCCGUUUUCUUGUUUAUGAAUGAGAAAGACCCACAUAAAGAUCUUAAAUAUCUUAUUGAUCGAGGAGUUUCACCAUUUCAACGCAAUUUCCGUGGCGAAACAGCUCUCCACUACGCCAUGAAGUGCCCCUAUGCCUACGAGUCGAGACCUACGGCCGCCAAUCCCAUGACAAGGCUUGAUUUCCUGAUUAGUUUAAAACUUGACGUGAAGGCCGUGGACUAUAACGGAAAUAACCUCCUUCAUACGGUUGCCAUGCUGGAUGUAAACCACAGCUCUUAUGAUGGCCCGCGAUUAUUGGAACUCUGGGAGAGGCUUCUCGCUCUGGGAUUAGACUUGGAGCAGAGAGACCAUGCCGGUCGCACGCCACUACACUUAUUAUCCGCAUGCAGUAAUCGUUGGUUGCGCAUGCCGCCGGGGAAAACCAUGCCCAUUGACCUCGUCAUUUCCCGAACUAAGAAUGUCAAUGUCUCCGAUAAUGAUGGAAUCACUCCUCUACACAUAGCUGUGUCUUCUUGCGGGAGGCUGUAUGCCAAAAAGCUAAUUGAUGCUGGCGCGAAUCCUCUGGUUUCUACUCAUGAAGGGCUGACUCCUCUUCAUCUUGCUGCCCGGUGCAGAGACAGCAACAGUGUCGGCCUUCUAUUAGAUGCACUAAGGAAGCAACAACAGGACCUACCAGAUACCGACAAUGCACAGUCAGGAAACGCUGAUGGUACAACUCUGAGCAGAGAAAUGAAUAAGCGCCGGGCAGUAAUGGGCGUGGAUGCGAAAGUAAUAACUGAUUUAGCCGCCAAUACACCUCUUUACUACGCCUGCAGGUCCGGGAGACCUGAAACAGUGUCUCUGCUGCUGGAAGCUGGAGCAGAUGCUAAAUUCAAAGACAUCUUCCGAGGUUGUCUUGAGUUUGAGGAGGAAUGCGAACUAUGGAAGCAUCCUCGUCCACAACAAGAUGGUGGCGAAUAUUCAUACAGGGCCCCUCUUAAACUGCGUGAUUCAUAUCGUACCGAUGGAUCUUGCCAGUGUCACAGUACAGUUCCAGGUAUAGGUAUAGGCAGUACAACAAGGCUUGAAGAGAAUGUUGAUAUGCUUGUCGAGCAUGGGGCCGAUAUUUCUUUGCUUGUGAAUCGUCCUGGGAGACAGAAAGAAGGCAUCAUCAACACAGCUGUCGUGAAACAAAGGAAUUAUACGGCUGCCUGUUUAAUGCGCGCUCUCGGCACGGACGCUACAGAAGGGAUAGAUGAGCUCACAAAGUUCUCUCAAAUUGCACGUCGCCAUGAGCAAGAAGCGGCGGUUCAGGCCUUGACAUCGUCAACCCUUAUUCAUCCCGGAGACGAGGGUCAAUCCGUGCCAUUGCAUUUUGUCACGCGGUUUUUGAUUCGGAGGGAAUAUCAUCUUUUAGAAGAACUUGUUCGACUGGGAGCGACAUUUCUUCCCAAAUUCACUCAAGGUUCUGAGUACAAACCAAACGAGAACGCCACCCUGUUACAUCUUAUCCAACUUGGCUUCACAUCACUUGUUGACAAGAUAGCAUCCAUUGAGACUGAGGCACAGUUAGAAAAGGGAGAAUGGCAUGCGUUUGGCGACAAGACAAAGCCGGGCUUGUUCUUCUCGAAGAGGGAUAACACCACAGCUUCUUUCAGGCCAUUUCUUCUUGCCGCCGUUCAGAGGGAGUUGCCGAACAUGGAUAUGGUGCGAUUGCUUGUUGAGAAAUUUGCAGUCAACAUCAACGAGACUGAUGCUGACAUGGAAUCCGCUCUCUUUUGGGUUGCACGAGGCGACGACUGGUGGCAAAUCCACCAAGCAUUGCCUUAUCUGCUUGAUGCUGGCGCAGACAUUCAUAUGCGUAAUGCAAAGGGGCAAACGCCACUCCAUAUGGCGCUUCAAGGAGACGGCGAUUAUCUAGGACCAUUUAACUGGGACGCAGCCAAGAUACUGAUAGAAAGAGGAGCGGAUGUCAAUGCGGUUGAUGGCCAGGGUCAGAGCUGUCUUGCGUGCGCACAACAUAACGUCGAUAUGGUCAAUCUUCUCGUCAAGCAUGGAGCAACUGUCACACUGGAUUCGAUUUUUGGCGCUAUUGACUCCGGCAAUGCCGAAGUUCUGCAAGCGCUCUUGUCUAGCGGUAUAGACCUAAAUUCUCUUGGAGACGCGCCGCUCAGGGAGGAAGACGAGAGGAGGAGGAGGAAGGGUAUUAUAGUGGAGGAGUCACAUAAAGAGUUUCCACUACAUUUUGCCGCCAGGCAUUUGAGCUUCAGUUGGAGUCAGUCAUUCGACUUUUAUCGAGAACUCGCCGCCAGAACGAAAAUCAUUGAGAUACUCAUUCAGCAUGGAGCUGAUCCGUUUGCAAGAUUCCUCAAAAGGGACAAAAGGGCCGAGGACGAGUCUAAUCACUCAGAGACACAAAUCACCACUAUUGAUGUGCCUAAAGGCUAUAGAGAAUGCACACUAUUACAUGAAAUAUUUGGUGCAGAUAUAAUAGCGGAUUCGUUUCUCCAAAUUCCAAAUCUCGACGUCAACCAUCGAGAUGCCAAAGGUCGCACUCUUCUCCACGCGAUCUGCGACAAUAAGGGUGGCUAUUCUGGCGGUGGUGGCCCCGAUCAUAUCAUCGGAUCAGACUCGAAUAGGGACGUGAUUGCGCCGGAAGAGCAAGUUACUUCAUUUCAACAACUUUUGUCUCUCGGUGCAGAAUUGGAGGCGGCAGAUAACUUUGGCCGAAACGUCAUUCAUUAUAUGCUUGGUGGUGGAGAGCACACUUAUCUUAACUUGUACCAAAAGUCUCUGGCCUAUGUUCUUGAAAAGGCCCCCAGUUUAAUGGACCAAGCGGAUGGAAAUGGCGAUACUCCAUUUCACUAUGCAGCGAGACGUGCCAACAGUCGUGACACUCCCGACGAAUUAGAGAUGCUGUUGGCGGCGGGAGCAGAUCAUACAGUUGUCAACAAGAAGGGAGAAACUCUGCUGCAUAUACUAGGAGAUGGUAUUUCUCAUCUAGCUUUACGCACCUUCUUUCAUACCUUGGUCGGUCGAGGUAUUGAUAUAAAUGCUCGCAACAACCGUGGGGAGACGGCAUUGUUUUCAUUCUAUAGUUUGCCAAAGACCGACAAGUGGCUUUACAGCGAUAGCGACAAACCUUCACCAGAACUUGUCAAGCCAAUGCUGGAAACUCUAGGUGGUGACUUCUUAGCUAGGGAUAAUCGAGGCCGAGGUCUCUUACAUGCCGCUGCGGCCGGGGAUGUCGAACGAUUUCAGGAGCUUAUGGAUAUAGGGCUCGAUCCCAUGAUGGAGGAUGGCGCCCAGCAGACGGCGAUUGACGCGGCUGCUGCGUGUGGAAACAGAAAUGUUUUGGAGCUAUUUGAGAAGAAGGAAUAAGGAAGGCAAUAUUUAUUGAAUGUUGAGCACAGAGAAGGGUCUACAUCUGGAAUCAUUUAUUACGUAGUAGCGCUCUAUAUUUCCCCCACCACAUAUGGUCACGGAAGUGACAAGAGGAGAUUAGAAAAAGUCAAUUAGCACUAUUCAUUCAUAUGCAGUAAUGCAGUAAUGCAGCAUUGCAGAGACUAAUACUUCUAUGCAAGCCCGAAAGGAGCUAGCUAGUUUAGUUACAGAUAUAAAAGUUGUUGUCGCCAGGCUUCGUCUUGUGGGCGUAAGUACCGCAGUAUCUUUGAACGUUAGCAGUAUUCACAUAGUGCCACCUAUGGGUUUGUUCGAGCCUACCUCGCCUGCCAAGUAUUUCCAACCUUUUGGAAGGUGAAAAUACCCCUAACGAGUCCAGGGUCUCCUCCCGUGUAGGCAAUUGUCCAAC